UUGUGUUUAAGAUAUUUUAAGGGUUACUACUCAGAGCUUUAUAGUACACCAAUGAGGAAAAUGCUUUUCAAAUCAGUUUUGUUCGGUUUAUGUUUGUGCCGUCUGGUUGGUGGGGUUGGUAAUGAAAUUAAGUCAGUGAAAAUAGGAGAUUCAGUCACUCUAAACACUGAUCUUACUGAAAUAACGGAUAAAGAUUGGAUUCACUGGAGGUUUAUACUUGAAAACACUCUAAUAGCUGAAAUCAAUGUAACGGCCAAAAGCAUGACUGUAUAUGAUGAUGUUCUUGAUGGGAGAUUUAAAGACAGACUAAAGCUGGACAAACAAACUGGAUCUCUGACCAUCACAAACUUCAGAAUGAAACAGACUGGACUUUAUCAACUGCAGGGUAGGAGUUUGUGGAAGAAUUUCUUUAUCACUAUCAUUGGUUCCUGCUCCACCUCCGCCCCGGGUCAUAGACGGUGGUCCUGCGUAUACCGUCCGGCGAAUCCUCGAUUCGCGUCCUCGGGGCCGUGGCACCCAGUAUCUCGUCGACUGGGAGGGUUACGGUCCGGAGGAGCGGUCUUGGGUUCCCGGGCGGUUCAUCUUGGAUCCAGCUCUCAUCCAGGACUACCGUCGUCGGGUAUCCUCCAUCCCGGGACCGUCUGGUGCCGGUCCUGGAGGGGGGGGGUACUGUCACACGCACCGAAUCACGUGAGGUCACGAGGACCCGGAAGUAACUUCACGCAGGUAUUUAAGCAGGAAGUAGGUGACGAUCCAGCACCAGACAUUGAGCUCAUGCGAGGCUCAUCAUCCGGUCCCAUCUCUUCUCCAACUCACCCCAGAUUCUGGAGUGUUCAUCGAUGGAUACUUUUCAAUCCCAGGAGUCCACGGGAGAGCAAUACUUUAUCAUCAAACAUGAUUGAGAACCGCGAUGAGGGUGUUUACAAAUGGACAGAUGAGACACGUCUGCUUACCCAGAGCAGAGUGACUGAUAAAGGAAUGCUGCCAUCAAAGGCUUUGAAAGAGAUACCAAUGAAGGAGGGAGAUUCAGUCACUCUAAACUCUGAUCUUACUGAAAUAACGGAUGAUGAGAUUCAGUGGAAGUUUAGAGAAGAAAACACUUUAAUAGCUGAAAUCAAUAAACAAGCAGAUGGAUUCACUGUAUAUGAUGAUGUUCUUGAUGGGAGAUUCAGAGACAGACUGAAGCUGGACAAUCAAACUGGAUCUCUGACCAUCACAAACACCACAAUGAAACAUGCUGGAUUUUAUAAACUACAGAUCAACAGUAUGAACAUAAAUUACUUUCUCGCUGUCUAUGAUGAAAUAUUAGUGAAGGAGGGAGAUUCAGUCACUCUAAACUCUGAUCGUACUGAAAUAAUAAAGGGUGAACUGAUUCUGUAUAUGAAUGAUAUGAAUGGAAUUGCUUUCAUAGCUCAAAUAACACCAUGGCACAACAAUAUCACUGUAGAUAAAGAUGUUUUUGAUGGGAGAUUCAGAGACAGACUGAUGGAGACUCAGGACGCUGCAUCAAUUGUUGUCUCACUGGACGAAGACUCUGAACGUAGAUUAUCUCUUUCCUCGCAGGCCGGAGACUCAGAACGGGGUGUUUCUGUUGUGUCUUUCCCCUACGGUACUCAGACUCAGAACGGGGGUUGA